AUGAGAGAGGGCCAGACAUGGGAUGACCUCCCUGAAGAGCUGGUCAUGGAUCUGGCACAAUUGACAAAGGCCAACUCGAUCGAAGGAAACAAGAAAGACAACGUCACAGUCAUCUACACCCCAUGGUCCAACCUCAAGAAGGACGGCAGCAUGGAAGUUGGCCAAGUCGGCUUCAAGGAUCCCCGCAAAGUUAAGCGCAUACUCGUACCGCAGCGCGAGAAUCCCAUUGUCAACCGUCUCAACAAGACAAAGGUGGAGAAGAAGCCCGACCUGAAGCAGGAGCGCGAUGACCGUCUCAAGGAGCUGAGACGCCGCGACCAGGCUGUCUUUCAAGCAAGGAAGAAAGAGGAGGCCAAGCAAGCACAGGAGUGGAAGGAGAAGAAGUGGCAGAAGGAUCACGCUUAUGAUGAUAUUUUUACCGAAGAGCUCAUGGCUGGUUCGAGUAACCAGGACCGUAACGAGAACUGGGAGGACGAUUUCAUGUAA